GUGUGUGUGGGGGGACUACUUAAGGACCGAAAACGAAAGUAGACCAGCAUUCUGCUGAAGACUAUGACCGCGAUCUGGAACCGGAGCAGAGGCACCGCCCGCACAGCACACGCAGUAUCACGAAUAAGCCUGAAGGAAACGGAGGCAGCAUGAAGUCUGUUGCACACUCAUUAUACCUGAUUCUGAUGGCUUUUCUAAGUAUAAUUGACCCGUCAACAGCAGGAUGCUAUGAUGAACUGGAGAAAGAAAGAUGGGUUAUGUUUAAAAAUGAAAGCCUUUCGCUUGUAAUGGCUGGAGAUUUAAUGGACAGCAUGAACUGUACAAUGAAAUACUACCAAAAUUACACAACGUGGCCAGAGCAUCUUGAAAAUAACACCAACUGGAAGGGCUUAAUGAACGCCCUUAAGACAUGCGAGAUCAAUGACACAAUUAAGUGCCAGGGAAGGCCAAAAGAAGAGGUCCCUGUUUUUAACUUCAUGUGUUUCUUGGCUAAAGCAGUGGAUCUUGAUUUACAAGGCUGUGGCGACUACGAAAAUUUACGCAGUAUAUAUUCGAGGAUGCCGCUGCAAAAUUCAAAACCAUCACUGCCCACAACAACCCCACCAUCCACAAAACCAUCCCCAUCCGUAGCACCAUCGCCGUCCACAGCACCAUCGCCAUCCACAAAACCAUCACUGUCCACGGCACCAUUGUCGUCCACAGAACCAUCGCUGUCCAGAACACCAUCGCCAUCCGUAGCACCAUCGCCGUCCACAAAACCACAGCUGUCCAGAACACCAUCGCCAUCCGUAGCACCAUCACGGUCCACAAAACCACCGCUGUCCACAACACCAUCGCCAUCCACAGCACCAUCACUGUCCACAGAACCAUCGCCAUCCACAGCACCAGCGCUGUCCAUAACACCAUCGCCAUCCACAGGACCAUUGCCGUCAGUAACACCAUCGCUGUCCGUGGCAUUCCAGCCAAAACCAACUGGCACAGCUACAGCCAGCACCAGUGCAGAUCACACUGGAUACAAUGACCCAAAAAAUGCAGGAAGAAACUGCCAAGACGACCCCUUUAACCCAGAAAAGAGAGCCACAGACCAAAAUGAUAAACGUGUUAUUGUGUUGAAAACCCUUGUGGUGAUUUUUGGGAUCUCGACCAUCUUUGGGCCAGUGUUGGUGUGGCUGUACAUGCGCCAGAAGGUCAAAAUGUACACGGAGCAGGAGGUCCAGGAUGAUAACCUGCUGUGACACAUCCAGGAGACCUUCGCUUUGCCAGCUGGUUACAGAUUCAAUCGGAAAUCCAAAUUUGGGCUGCAUCCAACAGAAGAGGAGAUUUUUAACGUCCUUUGGAACUCUGCUUUGAUACAGCAAGCAAGCUUUUGGGCGCAGACUGCAAACGGGGGGAAAAAAAGGUGCUGUUUCUGACGUGAAGAGGAGGAAAUGGGACUAAUAAACACGCUGAGUCACUGCCAGACUCUGACCGAAGCACUGAAGAAGGAAAAAAGCCUAAAAAACCUCUCCCUUGAACAGACUUAUUUCACUCUGGGAGCAAACAUUUCCUUGGGAAGUAAACCGAGGAGCAAAUGAGAGACUAAUUUUUGAGCUGUGGAGGGACACAGAAAGACAGCUUUUUUAUUAGUUUGUCUCAUUUCUUAAGAUCUCUGCCAAAAAAAAUCCCAAAUUUUAUUUUUAUAUUUAGCUUGAAUGCUUUUCAUUUAUGUUCUGAAGCCUAUAAAUGAAAUUGCAUUUGCUGUGAAAGUCAUAUUUGUGAAGUGUUCUUCUUUUAUAAGCUGCGCAACCCAAACAUAGGAUGUCAGGCAGGAGAUGUUACAAAGAGGAAACAAAUGAAUCUUUAAAGUUAAAUGUUUUAAACUCAGUGAGCUAAGCUCUCCAGGCGUUUGCAGUGAUCAUAUCGGCUGUUAUUUUCCCCCCCAUGUUCCCUCUCAUCAUCCGUGGGCACUGCUCCAGCUUUUGGAGCAACAGCAGACAGACUCCAUGACUUUUUCUCCCUCUGAGCUAUGGUUACCCUCCAUCCACUCUGCAGCGGAGGACAAAUGCAGGAAAGAGACCAUGUUCCCAUUGCUUUAAUGGUUUUUGAAAAAUCUCAAAUCCUUCAUUUGAAACCGCCUUUGGAAAAAUCGUUACAAAACAUCCUUUUAAUAUACCCAGUACUUUACUCAGGAGACUGGUCAGAGCUAAAUAUUUUAAAAGCGUCCAUUUCACAAACAUGCUUUCACUUGUACUAAAACUCCCCAAAAUAUAGGCAGCAACCCACGGAACUGGAAGCGUUUUGUGUUCUUUGGAACUCUGCUUUGAUACAACAGGCAAGCUUUUGAGCUCAGACUGGGAUAAUAGAGGCGGAUUCUGACACAAAGAGGAGGAAAUGGGUCUAAUAUAGUUACACUGACUCUCUGGCCGAAGCACAAGUUUUAUUUUUUAUAUUUGGCCGUUUAUGUAUAUCUAGUCAUUUAUGUCUUUGAGCCUGUAAAUGAAAAUGCAUUUACUGUGAAAGUCUUUUCUGUGUUUCCCUUUUAUAAGCUGCAAAACUCAAACAUAGGAUGUCAAUCAUCAAAUGUUACAGAGAGGAAACAUUUGAAAUGUUUCAUUACUGUUUUUAUUGUUUUUCUUUUUUACUUAAAAGAGCACUUUUUUUUAGCACUGUGUCAUGGCUGAGAGUGUUAGGUUGCCAUGGCAAGCCCCCAUUUGUAAAAUUCACCAACUAGUCACAUUAGCCAACAGUUACCAAAAGUGUAUAGAUUCAUGUGUCAAACUGUUGCUUGUUUUGACCCUUUUUAUUUUAUUUUAUUUCCUUUUUUUUAUUUUCUAGAGUUAAUGUUUUCAUGUGAGAUUUAUAAAUGUAAAUAAAAAUUGUUGGUGGUUCAGUACGUCUCCUCCCACAAGACUUUAGGUGAAGCUCAAGAGCUUGUUGUCGUAUCUGCUAUUGAACUUAAACAUUAAAGCUGUUUUUCAUGAAAGAUGCA